AUGAAUGCAUUACCUUUGGUUCAAACUCGAUUAACAACUGGAAGUUUGGCAGCUUAUGAUGGGUUUGAUUUUAAUGAACUUUACCAUUUUAUGCAAAAUUUUCAUCAAAAUAUCGAUAACACGAUUACUACUGGUAGCGAAGAAUUUCUGGGAGAGAUGCUUACUCCAAGAAAUCAAGUAUCGUUACCAAAUGCCACAUAUAAACUAUUGGUGAAAUAUUAUAAUGAUAUAUACGAUUGGAAUUUUACAUCAAUUGCUGAUUUAGCUUCGAGUGAUUUAUUGUCAGGAGAUUCCAAUCAAUCAAUCAUUAUCCGAGAUGUAAUUAAGGCUAAAAAGUUAUUUGACUCUAUCUUUACUGAAUGUGAAAUACGUAAUACUUGGCCAUUUAAUGAAUUUUUAAAGCAAGAACUUUAUAAAACUAUACCUAAAAAAUUAAGAGAUUAUGGAAGUAAACAUGCUUUCAGAAUUCAUGGUGGUAAGAACCCAACUCCCCAGCAUCUUAAACUGCUUUUGAGAAUCGCAUUAAGGCAAGAAUCAGACUAUCUUGAUGCAGGCGAUAAUUAUGCUAUAGGCGAUACAGAAUCAAAAGACUCUGGUCCCGAAUCUGACCAUGAAUUUGUAUCUAAGGCAAGUGAUAGUCCAAAACCACAAAUACAGGCUUCUUCACCUGCAUCCCAGCCCAAUCCUCAAUGCCAAGCCAAAAGAAAGUCUCAGCAGACUAUGGAUAUUGAUUCAAUGAAAGCAGAGGAUCGAACUCGAUUAGAAAGAUUUUUUAAAAUAGUACCUGGAGGAGGAAGAAAACCAGUCUAUAGCUCAAAAUUAACUCAUCUUAAAAUAUUGCACUACUCACUUUCUAAUAGAAAAAUUAAAGGCAUUGUCCAUACUUUUCAAAAUAUAGUUUAUUUAGAUUUUAGAGGAAAUACGGACCGUAUUGGUAAAACUCUAAAGCUAAUAGUGAAAUCAUACACAAAUUUGAAGUAUCUCAAUAUAUCCACUUUACGGCAACUUCAGUCAAAAAAUGAUAUAGGUCUAACUGCAAUCGCAGAAUCAUGCCAGAAACUAGAAUAUCUAAAUAUUUCUAACCAUACAGAAUUUUCUGAAAUAUCAAUUUGUAAUAUUGUUCGCUUUUGCCCAAGGCUCCAACAACUUGAUCUUAUCUAUUGUAAAAUUACUGAUAUAACUAUCAAAGAAAUUGCUAGAUCAUGUCUUAAUUUAAAAUAUCUUAAUUUAGAAGGGUGUUAUAAAAUUAGCAAAGGAGCGUUAAAUAAGCUAAAUCCAAAUACUCACAUAGAGAAUUUCAAGGAAACUUUAACACCUUCUGAUUUCAUUGGAGUAGUUAGAAAAGGACCCCAAACAAUAUAUAUAAAGUCAGAUAUAAUUAUGUGUAGCAGAGUAUUAAAUUAUCAAUAG